CUUCUCCGCAGAAGGGAGUUAGCUAGAGAGAAAGCAAGAGAUGAUUAAGUUAGGAUCAAGGAGGAUUUUCAGGAGCAAUUCCAAAGUUGGUGGUGGAGGAGGAGGAGGUGGUAAUGGUGGGUGCGGCCGGGGUGACAUCGAGUGGGAAGUAAGGCCUGGAGGCAUGCUGGUCCAGAAGAGAGUGAGUGGAAGACAAGAGGAUGAAGUGAUUCAACUCAGGAUCACAACUGGUUCAUGGUGGCAUGACAUCUCCAUUAGAGCCACUUCUACUUUUGGAGAGUUGAAGGUGGUGUUAUCUUUGGUAACUGGCUUAGAGCCAAGAGAGCAAAGACUCCUAUUUAGAGGAAAGGAAAGAGAGGAUGGUGAUCACCUUCACAUGGUGGGGGUUCAGGAUAGGGACAAGGUGCUGCUGUUAGAAGACCCGGCCAUCAGAGAAAGAAAGCUUCGCUCCAUGGCAAUGGCGCAAGCCAUGAGAAGCCCUUGCCAAACCUUCAUAGCAGUGUAGACUUUGCUCCUUUUUGUUGAAACUAACAAGUUGAUGUGAUCUGAGACUGAAAAAGUCCAUUUGACCAACUUUCCCAGUCACAUGGUUGAUGGAUAUGUAAGAUGAUUUGAGUAACCUACA